AUGAGGGACACACUAAACCUCCUACAAUAUAACGUGCACAACUCUGCGAGAGUUAUGGUCAAUGUGUAUGCACCUCCUCCAGGGGGCUACAGCAGUGAACCGGAGGAAUCCCCCAUAGGCCAGCUGCAGGAGGUAGCCGGAAUGGGCACAGAUGCAGAGCUGGUCAUAUUAGGAGAUCUUAAUGUCCACCAUGAGAGGUGGGGAGGGGUGAGAGUGGAGAGAAACUUCCGCAUGGCAUGGCAGCUAAUAGCACAGGUGGAUAGGCUGGGUCUCCAGCUUGCCACACCUGUAGGAGCUACCACAUGGCAGGACAGAGGCAGCCCAGGAACGACUAUAGACCUCACCUUUCUAUCACCACUCCUGCACGACAAGCUCAGGAGGUGUGCAAUAGCGGAGGAGGCAUGCAAAGGAUCUGACCAUAAGCCCAUAGAAACAACACUGGAACUCACACCCAUCCCAAAGGAGGCUGAGAGACGAAACUGGAAGAAUGCGGAGCCUGAGGAGGUAGCAAGGGACUGCCAAAAGCUAUAUGUGCCACAAAGCCUGGACUCCAGGCAAGCAGUCAAGGAGUAUGCAGACUACCUGGUAGGAUUUGUAGGGACAUUAGCGGACAAACACGCCACCGUAAUGGAGGAGUACAAGCAGGCUAGGAGGUCCCAGCUCCCAGAAAUGGAGCGGCUCAGGGCACGCUGCAAGCGCAACAGAGAAAUCCACUUGGCUAAGACAGCAAACUUCAGAGAUCUGGUUGACAGGACCCGUGAUGACCCCAGAUUGAUGAAGGCACCAGGGAGGAGUGGGAUCACCAACGAGUUCCUUAAGAUGCUGGGCAGAACAUUUGUGGAGGCCAUAACAGCUCUCACCAAUGCAUGCUGGCAUUGGGAGACUUACCCAGACACGUUUAAGGAAGCCAAGACAGUGGCCUUGCGCAAGCCAGGGAAGGCUGACUACCAGACUGCAGGAGCGUGGAGACCCAUUGCCUUGCUGGACACAAUAGGGAAGAUUGUGGAGGCAGCAACUGCAAAACGCCUGCGGAAGAUCGCGGAGGACCACAACCUGCUACCCUCACAGCAAAUGGGGGCAAGAAGGGGCAGGUCCACUGAAACAGCCAUAGCACAACUUCUAGCCCAGAUAAGGACAGUGUGGCAGCACCCAGGACAGGUGGCAUCGGUACUCUCCCUAGACAUGACAGGGGCCUAUGACAAGGUGCUGCGGGAGCGAAUGGUUCACAUCCUCCGGCGACUGGGCAUCCCCAGGGACCUGGUGGGAUGGGUUGCGUCCUUCAUGACCAACAGGAAAUCCACAAUUGCCUUUGAGGGCCAGGAAUCAGACACCUUUGACAUCCCAGCAGGCAUCCCGCAGGGGUCGCCCCUAUCACCUAUACUAUUCCUAUUCUACAAUGAGGAACAGACGAUGUCAACGUGA